AAAGUUACAAUUGUACCCCGCGAUCUCUUCGCGCACAGUGCACAGCUUAUUGCUUCUGCCAAGCACACACGAGCAGAGAGCCAGCGCCUGUGGCAAUGGCUUCUCCGCUACUCCAAGUCCUUGUCUAUCUGGAAAUCUUGGUCUUGUUGAUGCCGUCGGGCUGCGUUCCAAAUCCCUGUCGGCGGGUCGUAGAUGCGCAAGAACAGAGAGAGUUUGAUUAUUUCUUAUUGUCUCUUCAAUGGCCCGGAACCCUCUGUCGGAGAUCCCUCAAUUGUUGUUCCUCCAAUGCUUGUUGCCGAGGCUCAAAUGCUCCAACUGAGUUUACAAUCCAUGGACUGUGGACUAACUACAAUGAUGGAACUUGGCCUGCAUGUUGCAGUUGUUCUAAUUUUGACAUAAAAGAGAUCUCAACAUUGGUUGACACCCUAGAGAAGUAUUGGCCAUCAUUAACUUGUGACUCUUGGCCAACUUGUGAUGGUGGAAAAGGAUUAUUUUGGGCGCAUGAGUGGGAAAAGCAUGGGACAUGUUCGUUUCCAGUUAUUCAGGGUGAAUACAAUUACUUUUUGACAACCCUUAACCUCUAUUUCAAAUAUAAUGUCACGAAAGUUCUGAAUGAUGCUGGAUAUGUCCCUUCAAACUCUGAGAGAUAUCCUCUUGGAGGCAUUAUCUCCACAAUCCAAAAUGCCUUCCAUGCAACACCAUCACUGACUUGCUCUGAUGGUGCAGUGGAGGAACUGAGAUUAUGCUUUUACAAGGAUUUUAAGCCUCGGGAUUGUGUAAUUACAUUUAGCAGUCAAGAUGACAUUCCUUCUUCCAACAAUUGUCCCAAAUAUGUGAGAUUUCCAGCAUUCACACCAUUGAGGCUUGGAAAUGGUGAUGCUUCUUCAUGGUCGACACAAAAUGAAGCUCUUUAAGACCCAGUGGAGCCUGCAGACAUUCUUGGUCCCCAUAAAGAAACUACAAAUUGCUCUAUCGCAUGUGUUGAGUCUUUUAUGACUUUGAUGGGGACCAGAGUGGGAGGUUCUCUCUUGGCUGGUGAAACUGUUGAAAGAAUGACAUCAAAUUCAUUGUGUGGGUUUAUGCUAUUCCACUUCCUGUAUCAUGUUCAGAUCCCUGAUUUACUGUUCUGGCUGUUGUACUGCAUGGUCGACCCACUUAAUGGGACUAAGGUUUGUAAUUUUACCACUAUUGUAUUGCCACAAAAUGAGAUUUAAGGCUCAUGAUGUUUUCGUCUCUACUGUUGUAUUACAUAUCCAUUGCAGGUAAGUGAUUGCAUGCA